GGGCGUCCGGGCGCAGGCGACGGGCCAGGGCUCCGGCCCCGGCCAGCAGCCCCCGCCGCCCCCGCCGCCGCCGCCGCAGCCGCAGCCGCCGGCCGGGCAGCAGUUCCACGGCGAGCGCGGCAUCUCCAUCCCGGACCACGGCUACUGCCAGCCCAUCUCCAUCCCGCUGUGCACCGACAUCGCCUACAACCAGACCAUCAUGCCCAACCUGCUGGGCCACACGAACCAGGAGGACGCGGGCCUCGAGGUGCACCAGUUCUACCCGCUGGUGAAGGUGCAGUGCUCGGCCGAGCUCAAGUUCUUCCUGUGCUCCAUGUACGCGCCCGUGUGCACCGUGCUGGAGCAGGCGCUGCCGCCCUGCCGCUCCCUGUGCGAGCGCGCGCGCCAGGGCUGCGAGGCGCUCAUGAACAAGUUCGGCUUCCAGUGGCCCGACACGCUCAAGUGCGAGAAGUUCCCGGUGCACGGCGCGGGCGAGCUGUGCGUGGGCCAGAACACGUCGGACAAGGGCACGCCGACGCCCUCGCUGCUGCCCGAGUUCUGGACCAGCAACCCGCAGCACGGCGGCGGGGGCUACCGCGGCGGCGGCUUCCCCGGAGGAGGAGGCGCGGGCCCGGCGGAGCGCGGCAAGUUCUCCUGCCCGCGCGCCCUCAAGGUGCCCACCUACCUCAACUACCACUUCCUGGGCGAGAAGGACUGCGGCGCGCCCUGCGAGCCGUCCAAGGUGUACGGGCUCAUGUACUUCGGGCCCGAGGAGCUGCGCUUCUCGCGCACCUGGAUCGGCAUCUGGUCGGUGCUGUGCUGCGCCUCCACGCUCUUCACCGUGCUCACCUACCUGGUGGACAUGCGGCGCUUCAGCUACCCCGAGCGGCCCAUCAUCUUCCUGUCCGGCUGCUACACGGCCGUGGCCGUGGCCUACAUCGCCGGCUUCCUGCUGGAGGACCGGGUGGUGUGCAACGACAAGUUUUCCGACGAAGGGGCGCGCACCGUGGCGCAGGGCACCAAGAAGGAGGGCUGCACCAUCCUCUUCAUGAUGCUCUACUUCUUCAGCAUGGCCAGCUCCAUCUGGUGGGUGAUCCUCUCGCUCACCUGGUUCCUGGCGGCCGGCAUGAAGUGGGGCCACGAGGCCAUCGAAGCCAAUUCGCAGUACUUCCACCUGGCCGCCUGGGCCGUGCCGGCCAUCAAGACCAUCACCAUCCUGGCCCUGGGCCAGGUGGACGGCGACGUGCUCAGCGGGGUGUGCUUUGUGGGGCUCAACAACGUGGACGCUCUGCGCGGCUUCGUGCUGGCGCCCCUCUUCGUGUACCUCUUCAUCGGCACCUCCUUCUUGCUGGCCGGCUUCGUGUCUCUCUUCCGCAUCCGCACGAUCAUGAAGCACGACGGCACCAAGACUGAAAAGCUGGAGAAACUCAUGGUGCGUAUUGGCGUCUUCUCGGUACUCUACACGGUGCCGGCCACCAUCGUCAUUGCCUGCUACUUCUACGAGCAGGCCUUCCGGGACCAGUGGGAGCGCAGCUGGGUGGCCCAGAGCUGCAAAAGCUACGCCAUCCCCUGCCCCCACCUCCAGGCCGGCGGGGGUGCCCCUCCGCACCCCCCCAUGAGCCCCGACUUCACCGUCUUCAUGAUCAAGUACCUGAUGACAUUGAUCGUGGGCAUCACGUCGGGCUUCUGGAUCUGGUCUGGCAAAACCCUAAAUUCCUGGAGGAAGUUCUACACCAGGCUCACCAACAGCAAACAGGGGGAGACCACGGUCUGAGACACCCUGAACUCUGGACCCCUUUCUAGUGGGCAGCCUGGUACGGCCGUACCACAGAAGCUGGCCCCAGAUCUUCUGUAAGACUUUUGCAGACUCCUUGGUGAGAACCUGGGUUACUGAACUAGUUUCCAUCCCUGGGGGCAAAUGGACCAAAAGGACCUACAGCGAAGGGGAUGGCAGACCUCUCUGUCCCUCACUGCUGUACCGGUACCAGGACUGUACGCUUUUAUGAUUGUAUAAAGCCUAUGUAAGAUUUUUGUAAGUAUAUUUGUAUUUAAAUAAUGA